CAUUCGCAGCAGCAGCAAAAGUCGUAGUUUUGCGACGAACACAAUCGCAGGGCGAGCUGCAAAAACAUGACACCGUUCCGUGUUUGUUUAUAAUCGAUUCACACACCACACCAACAAGCGGGAUGAAGCCAAUGCAAAGUUGGCCCGCAUAAAAGUGCAGUUUUGUUAUUUUUUUUUUUGGUGCAUUCUACCCACGCGAGCUGCUGACGGAAAACAUUGUGCUAGUUUGUAAAACGCAAACCGAUGCUGAAAGCGGGCAGAAGAAUAUUCCCUUGUCGUGCUGCUGCUGCUGCUGGUGGUGCUGGAACCUGCACCUGUCUCCUCUUUGGUAUUGGUGAUGGUUCCGAAUUGUGGCGAAUUUUGGCAAUGUCAUUCGAAGGUUUCUUGCUGUAGAUGAGGUGGUCUCCUUAUUUGGUGCUAUCCUGCUGCUAGCGUAUGUGCAAAGUGCAACGCACCACUGCUCCACCAGGUCACCACCGUAACGGGUCUCAUCGUAGUUGGCCGGAUUUCCGCGUGUGUGUCGUGUGUGUGUGCGUGUGUGUGCGCUACCACCACCAUCCGGGGUGAUGGGUGACGAGCUGGACAUGAACUUUGGGGGUUUGCGGGACAAGAAUGAGAUCAUCCGAAAGUACGUGGACAACCUGAACCGUCUGCGGCAUCUGGCGGCCCGGCGCGGCCAAAUCAGUGAGACCGAGUUCAACAACUACCUGAUCCGGCACUACUUCCACAACAACAACAUCAUCAACUACAUCUUCGACAAGCACACGAGCCGCACCCUGCUGAAGACGGUGAUCGAGCGGAAGAAAAAGAUCAUCAACUUCAUCUUCCUGCUGGUGACGCUGUUCGUCGUGUUCUCGUACAAGCAUGAGGUGUCGACGAUUGUGCUGCGCAACAUCCAGAGCUUCAUCUACCCGGGGAUGCGCUUCUGGCGGAAGGCAACCGUACCGAUCAUCGCCUCGUAUCCGGCCCUCACCGAGUACUACGACGAAAGCUGUCUGCUGACCAAUCCGUACUUUCAGGUGGAAAAUCUCAACUGUGAUCCGUGCGCGGACGUGGCCAACGUGCUCGAUUUCACCGCCGUGCAUGAACCGCGCUCGUCGCUGGUCGCUUCGACCGCCGUCAAUUAUCCGUACAUUUUCAAAACACAAAAAGAGCUGGUCGACAUCGGCAGUUUGCAGGCGCUGGUCGAACAGCACCGGUCGGUCUUUACCAAGGAUGCGUACCGGGUACAGUCGACUGACGAUGCCAUCCACAACCUGGACGAUCUGUUUCGAGUGUUUGCGAACGUUAGCGGGACCACCGGUGGAGUGACCGGCGGUCGCGGGACGAAUGCACCCGAAAGCCACAACGUGUGGCGUUGCAACCGGAUGGAACCGGCGCGGUUGUUGCGUAGACUGUUUCCCCGGCCCAACCGGUUGCCGGCGACGGGCGUUAGUUUGGAACGGUACCUGCUAAUCGAUACACCGCAGGCACCGUUGUACAGCGUGCCCGAUGCGGAGUGUGCCAACAUGUUCGUCAUCCAGGGUAGUGGCAGCCGAACGUUUAUGUUACGACCCACGCAAGAAUGUAGGCAUCGCUGCCGGACGCUCUCCGUGCGGUUGCCGCCUUACUAUGGAUUGAUCUACAACUGGUGGUACUGGAGGCCAGUAUCGUUGCCGGAAUUCACCGCCAAAACCCCAUCGAUUAGCUACGUAGGCAGUUACUGUUGAAAACACGCAACACCACAACACACCACCAACCAACCAAUGCCAAUCGGCGGGGACUGUUGGCCGAACCGUUUCCCUCCGCCCUUGCUGGGAUGCAAUGUGUACAGAGUGCGUGGGUUCCCGAUUCGUCCGGCCUGUUAUUACUCAACGCCAGUGAUUGUGUGAUUAGAACUAGUAGCAUAAUAGGACAGAAUCAACGAGUAAGCCAGACCUAAUUAUCAUAGCUUGCUUCGCUAUCUAAAAUGAACAUACCGCCGGACACGACAUGUGUAUGGAGGAACUAGAGAGUGACGAGGGUUACUUUGAUCGUUUAAAUUAUUUUUCAGCAACACGUGCGUACCUUGUUUUGAGCCAAAAAGAGGAAGAAAUGAAGAGAGAGAGAGAGAGAGAGAGAGAGAAAGAGAGAGCGAAUCCCAAACGAACACCUAAAACGGGUGGGCACUAAUAACGCAAUGUCCGUAGCGUGCCAGUCAAGUAUAUGAAUGUGUAUAUAGGAUGUACGUAUAUUUAAAGAUGUAGUAGCGAACGAAACCAACAAACGCGCAUACCAUUGUUGUUCAGGUCAGUAAGAAGAAGCGUCCACAAGUUGACAGCAAUGCACGGCUUAAGCUAGGUAACGUGUCCGGAUGGUUUGAAACAUUCGAGACGAUCUUUUUGAUUGACCUGCAACACAGUGUAAUCUAAUGAGCUAUAAUAUGUAACGAAAAAAACGGCACAAAAGCGAUCGUUUAAUUUAGUAGCAGCACGGCGUACUAACAAAUGCAAGAGCUAGUUUAAUAGGCGUGCUUUAAACAAAGCACCUAAGCCUACUACACCUAUGCACUCAUGCACACACACACACACCCAAACGCGUGUUGUUUGCCAUGUGAUCUGCAUCGUAAUGAUAUUUGUUUGGAGUAAAGUAAUCAUCCAAGAAGGCGGCAAAUUUUGAUCUAAGGUUCUAAACCACAAACAAAUGAGAUUUUGUACGCUCCACUGGUCCCAGAGCGAGAGACUGUAAAAAAAAAUGAACAGGUUUUGUUUAUAUAGUUUUCAAUCAAUUAGUCUAGAAGUGAGGAACGUGUACGUUCGCGCAAGUUUUCCUUUGCUUCGCCCUCCGGGAAGGUAAGAACAAGGAUCUGAUUUUCGUUAAUGGAAGCCCGAAAGCCGAAAGAUAAGGAGAGAUUAAACAUGCCGCAACAUACGGAAAAAGGACAAGAAGAAGGCUUGCUUAAAACUUGUUAUUAUAACAAAAAAGAAGGGUAAGGCUAAGCUUAGGUAGCUUGGAACAUAGAACGACGGACGAUUUAAGUAAACAUUUUUGUUCCGGUAAACCAAAUGCAAUCAAACAAAGCAAUUCAGAAUGGCCAUAAAAAGGUUUUAAUAAACUGAAUCAACGCAAAGGUAGCCAACAGAAAAGGGUUAUGGUGCGAGUAACUGAACACAAGAACAAGAGCAAGGUGUGUGAUAUAAUGCGCUGGUUUUACAGAAGAAACAAAUGACGAAAACUAAUGCUUAUCAAAAGUUUUAUUCACAAAACAGUUUCUUGGGUUUAGGGGUUUCCCUCAGUUUACAAAAACAAAAGCCAAACCGGAGAUUAAUGCUCAUCUCGAAUGGGUCAUUUCUUACAGAAGCUUUCGUGCCGAUCGAGUGACAACAUGUUUGAGACGCAGCUAUUAUGGAAUUCCGGAACAGAACCUGUCUUAAAGUGGUAACAGUAACGCAACGCGAGAAGGCAUGAACAUGAAGUGAAGGGAAACACCGAAAACAGUAGGAUAAAUCUAGUUAUUCAAAGAGGGUAUUCAGCAAAGAACCAAAAAAAAAAAAA